AUGUCGAAUACCAAGGCUGAAAAUGGCUUCGUCAGUUAUCGACCUGCUGCGACGGACAUUCGCAAUAUGCAUGGCAAGAUGUAUGCUGUUGCUGGAUCCAGUGAAAUCAAAUUCCACGAGGGUGCAAAGAAUCCCCUCGACUUCCCAUCUACCGCACUAUUCUCCCUGUUUCUUCAUGCGACACCCUUGUGUAACUCGGCAAGAGAUCGGAGCGCCAAAUUCAUGUACGCUGGCAGUGGAGGAGAAAACACGGACCGCUUGCGAACGCCUGGCCAUCCGAACGCGGACUCUCGUGCUCCAGGUUCCCCACAGGCACACAAAGAUGGGGGGAUUCGGAUUGUCAAUUCGAUUAUUCUCUCGGGUGUCAGUUGGGUCGCUCGACGGGACGACAAAAAACAAACUUCCGCGUGUCAUGUGCGUUUCUCGGAUCGUGCCAACCCACGUUUCAACCUCGUUGGGAUCCACUUUGCUGAGUUGCAACCACUCGGCGACGGUAGCUGA